CGAUCGGAGGUAGAGAAGAUUGGCUUUGGAUCAAUUUUAAAGAUGGAAAUUUCAGAGUUGCCCGCGAGGUUAGGACAUUGGGUUGUGGAGAAUUACAAUGCAUGAAGCAGCACCCUGCAACUUCCUAAGGACAGAGAGAUGCACAUAACUAAAGAGGAUGUGUAUAUUGUGUUGGGUUGGCCAAAUGGUGGACAAAAGAUUGAGUGCAACAAUAGUAACAAGGACAGAAUUCUCCUAGAAGAAUGGAGACUUAAAUUUGGAAGGAAAGAUGGUAAAAUUACCGCUGGUGAUGUUGUGGAAAAGAUGUUGAUGUGUAAAGAGGGAGGGGAGUGGUUUAUACGGCAUUUCAUGGUGUUUUAUGUGGAUCGUGUUGCUGUUUACACGAGAUUGGGAGCAGAACAACUGAUUGUGAUGGUGAAUACAAUGGAUGAUGAUGCACAGGAACAUGAAUCUAGUGCAAACGAAAGUGAUGCUCCGGUGGACUUGGUGGUGGAGGAUUCCGAGGAGAGCAUGCUCUUGGAUGACAAUCCAAUUUGGAGUAGUCCAGAGGUCAUAGCUGCUGUUGAUUUAGCUGAGAAGGCAACACAGGUGAGAGCCAAAUAUCAUGAGGUGGUAAGUGAUAUGCCUUCUUUUAGCUUAGGAAUGACACAGGAGUAUAAAGGUGACGGAUGUGGCAUAACAUCCAUCGAACAUGAUGGGAAAAAGAUAGAUGUGGGGAGUCUGAAUACUGAGGUGACUCCAUUACGGGUUUGUGAAAUGGCAGUUGUAGAGAGUGCUGAGGGAGGAAAAUCAAAUCCUUUUAAUAAUAGCAAAAAGGAUGAGAAUGAUCAGAAUGAAGAUGUGGGAGGCAUGAAAAGGAAAAGCGAGGAGCGAUAUACACACGAGGGUAAUGCGUAUGAAGCAGAUGUUGCAUAUAAAUUGUUUUGUGAUGCUAUCAAAUAUGGAUGGAGCUCAACUUCUCCCUGUAAUGUGGACUUGAGUAACCGCUUUGAGAUCUUGAACAGCUCCUCUGAGAAUGUAUCAUUUGAUGAUAAGUAUGAUGGAAUGCCCAAGGACAUUGGAGACAUGGUUAUAUGUUUCUUCAAUGAGAAAGGGCUUGGUGCGAAGGUUUUGAAGCUUAAGGGCCAAGCUGCACACCGUUUGGAAAUGCCGUGGAGAGAAGCAAAGACAAUCCAUGAUUAUGGGGUUACAACCAUGAGGCAUUUCGAGACCUACAUGGGUCAAUCUUUGAGGAAAUGGGAAUGUGGUUUGACAAGGGUGAUCAGAAAUCGAUAAAUGCACUGAGGAGCAAAUAUUGUGCUGCGAU